AUGGUAUUCUUUAAGAAGAAAUCCCAGAUCCGACCAGCGUCCAAGACGAAUUUAUCCCUGAAUAGCUCUAUGGGCUCAAUGACGCAGUCUCAACUCAACACUAUAAUCAGCGACAUGCUGAGUCUGCCUCAAGCUGGAAACAGCUGCGAAGCCAUGUGCAGAGACAACCCAAUCACGAAUGCCGGGAAGCGGAAGCAGUUGAUAAAGAUGUUGAUUAUCGUCCUUCUACCAAUGGGAAUCCUCGUGGGCAUGAUGGGAAAUGUUUUCAUUUCAGUCGUCAGAAACUACAACGAGGCUACCGGAAUAAGGACAUCUCUCUUCUUCUCUGUGGAGCUUGGUCAAAUGAUGCGUUACAUACAGCGAGAGCGCGAUAUGAGCGCCCUCUAUGUUGGAGCCAUUGGUAAGGACACUAAAGAGUACCUGUUACGUAGGUACCCUGAUACUGAUGCAGCGCUGGCCAACAUGUCCCAAUGGCCCGGUAGACUGGGCAACAGACGACCAGAAUUUUAUUCAAAAGAUAAGUUCUUGGUGUACCUCAAUCGCCAUCGAUACCAGCUAGAUCAACAAAACCGAACUUCGAAGCAGGAAAUGGAGUUCUACACCAGUGUGAUAGAGAUUUUUAUAUCGUGGUUAUACGAGAUAGUAUCGGAGUCCCGGACUGGAGCAGUAUGGAAGACGCUGGUGGCAUAUCAAGAGAUUAUCGUCGCCAGUGAAUACAUCGGACGUGAAAGGGGCAUGGGAAUUACAUACUUUGCAAGAGGGGGUUUUGAAACCAAAGAAGAUUAUCUUCUUUUCCUAGAAGCUCAAAUAAAUUCAAACAUUACCUUUCAAUCUUGCAAACGCUAUUCAGAAUUGGCAUAUGAGAUAUAUGAGGAACAACUCAGAAGUAAGGCCAAACUACUGACCCCAAUCACCAAAAUGAGACUGAUGAUAAGAUCUAACAAGAGCGUCAAGCUGAACCCGUCCCUAGAGACCGCCAACUAUUGGUUUGAAAAUAUGACUUAUUAUCAGGAGACAAUCAGAGAAACUCAGAAAAGACUGGCAGAGAAAAUUGAUUAUCAGCUGUCUCUACGCGAACAAGAGGACCUGGAGGUUAUUAUCUCAAUCAGUUGUAUCUUUGGCGUUGUCAUGGUUAUCUGUCCUUUGGUAAUUCUGGGAGUGUUUAAACUAACCGUACAGAUUCAAAGCUACUCACUCUCAAUUGCAAAUAGAACAAAGGCAUUGAACAAGGAAAAGAAAAGAACGGACACGUUGCUUUAUCAGAUGUUACCAAAGUCUGUGGCAGAACGUCUGAAGAACAAUGAACUCAUAGAGGCUGAACACUACUCCGAAGCCACGAUCUUCUUCAGUGACAUCGUCGGUUUCACCAAAAUAGCUGCCUCCAGCUCUCCAUACCAGGUUGUUGACAUGCUGAACAACCUCUACCUGUGCUUUGACAAAAAGAUAGAACUCUAUGACGUUUACAAGGUGGAAACAAUAGGUGACGCCUACAUGGUUGUUUCCGGUGUACCUCGACAAAACGGCAAGCGCCAUGCUGCAGAGAUUGGAAUAAUGGCUCUUGAUUUGGUACGAUCUGUAAGAGACCUUGAAAUACCGCAUGUACCUGGCAUGACUUUUAGUCUGAGAACCGGCUGUCAUACUGGUCCUGUUGUUGCUGGUGUAGUGGGGACAAAGAUGCCGAGGUACUGUUUGUUCGGAGACACCGUCAACACAGCAUCCAAGAUGGAGUCUUUGGGAAUGGCAAACAAAGUUCACAUCAGCGAGACAACCCGGGAUAUCCUCAAUGCAAUCGAUGAUUUCACCAUUGAGGAGCGCUUUGAUGAAUUUGUGCAGGUAGAUGUCGAUUUGCACAAUACUUUCAAGGGAAGUGUACACACCUAUUGGCUACUAGGGUCCAAAGAGUUUCCCCCAGAAACUGCUAGCUUAGAUGACCAAAGCAUGGAAUUCUAAAAGAUAUCAGAGAGACUACAGAGGGAGGGAAGAUAAAAUUCUGUGUGACAAGAAGAGAUAUGUAAGAAUCGAACAAUAAUACAGAGAUGUUUCAUAUUAUAGUACAGGUACAUUUGUGUAUAUAAAGAUCAACUGUGUGCUGU